UUUCAACGUCCUAAAGAGAGUAAUUCGGCAAUUGUUGUGGCAGUAUAUACAAUUUUGCGAAAAUUUCUGAGAGCAACAAAUUUUAAUAAUAUAAUAAUUAUGAAAGGCUUUUUGCAAUAAAACCAUGAGUUGUCAAUUGGAAAGACACAAGCUUAUCGUUAUACGUAACAUAAUUCUCAAAAAAUAAUAUAAACAUUCAAUUCUCAAAGGAAAGAUAAAUAACUAUAAAUAACGAUUGAGUAAAUACAUUAAAAAUGUCAAAAGCUGACAAAAUGAAUCUAGUUAACUACGAAACGUUUAAAUUGGUUGCAUUGUUUUUAUAAAACUGUAUUUCCCUUUGCCGUGUUAAUAAUAUAAAUAAAAUCUUCCUUAUUGCACCGGACAAUAAACACCCUGUUUAUCUCUGUAUAAAGAUUGAUUAUAAAUAAUAAUAAAAGCAAUUAAUUUAAUAUCAAAACUUGCAUAAUUAAAAUAACAUUUUAAUAUAACAUCUGAAUAUAUGCAAACCCAAAAAGCAAAUAAAUGAAGAAUGUAUAUUAUCGCUUAUAACAAGAAAAUAAUUAUAAAUGCCUAACUAAACAGUUUAUCAAUCGGAUCUUCACAGAAGGUCGCGGAACAUAUCUAUAAUGCCAAACUUGGAUGCAUUUAAAGGUGGAAGAAAUUCGGAUUCAAAAGAGUUAAUUUUUUACACAAAAAACCACAGGGAUGGAGAACUAGCAAACAUCAACUUUAAAUUAUCUUCAUAUGAUGUAAAAAAAAAACAUGAUGCAACAGUUUCUCACUCUCAUGAACAACAAAAUCGCGAUGAUGUGGAAGCGUUUUUCAAUGUUCCGUCCCUUAGUCCCGCAGGAACGGCGGCAUCAUUAUCCGAACUGCUUUUAGCACAGCCAAAGGCAUUUUCCGAAAAUUGGCAAUUGGAACAUGAAGCGGACAAAUGUCAAGAAAAGAUUUUUCGCAAUACAAAUUCCAUUUUUUCCUAUAUAAGUCAGCAGAAAUGCUCAGAGCAGCAACUGUUGGCUACACAACUUUUUUAUGCUGGGCUUUUUCAACCACAGGUAUUGGAACGAGAUUCAGAUUCAGUAAAAAAGACAACGGUUCCAAAAAACCAACUUUUACGAAUCCCAUCUUCUCAAGAUAGUAAUAACAAUAUUGAGUUACUCAACGAUUCUGAAAAUAUCCUUAUUCAAAAUAAAAGCCUAAAAAAUAAGCAAGAAUCGGAGAAUUGCAAUCCCAUGAUAAAGAACGACAAGAACUUUAAACUAAGUACGGGAGCUAUGUGUACAGAUGAAUUUAAUCUGCAAUACACUUUUGAGUUUAUCCGAGAGCAUAAGAACGUACUAGUCGAUGUUAAAAACAGACUAGGAAAACUCUUUCUUCUAUCAGAAAAAUUUCGAAAAGCUCUCAGUGUGCGUCAAUGCAGAUUCAAUGUUAAUAAUGAUUCGGAUUCUGCUCUCGAGGCGACUGUGGGGCGCCAGCUGGAUGGAACGUGUAAGUCGAUUGACAGCAUAUUGAAGCAAGUGAAACGUCUUUGCAAUCAAUGGAGCAGCGCUGAGCUCUAUUAUCUUCGAAGCUUGGACCGCUUAGGACUGACAUCCGAAGAAGGAUCUGAAUUUGACCAUACGCCGACUCAUAACAUUAUGGCUAUGGCAGCCAUAGCUUUGUCUGGUGAAAAUGAGCUUUCGAACAAGAAAGCUUCCAGUAUGGAAAUGGGCUGUAAGCAGCUAGACACUAAAAGCGAAUCAGAUCUUGUGUCAUCGAUAGUAAAGCCCAAAACAUUAAAUGAAAUAGAGGAUAUUAUAUUGCAACUUGCUUCAACUGUUAAUAUAAAUCAAUCGAGUCAAGCUAGCGUCACACUAGCGUCAACUGUUAAUAUAAAUCAAUCGAGCCAAGCUAGCGUCACACCUGACGUGUACAGUGAUAGUUCUAAAAGUGAGUGCGAAGAAAAUACUUCGUCUCCAGCAUGCAUUUGGCAUUCAAAAAAGCGGAGCUUUUGCCAAAAUAAGGAGGUAGAGCAUUGCUCCACUGCAGCUGAAAUAAUUUUAGAAUAUGCUUCAUUAUCAUCUUCUUCCAAUGCAAACAAUCUACGCAUGACUGAUUCUCUAACAACUUCAUCAAACUUUUCUCCCAGUAUAUUCAAUAACUCCAGGGAUGGUUCAACUGUGUCAAUCAUCACCGAUCCUGCCUUCUUCUCUGAGUUCCCUGCUGCUCCUUCUACACCGUCGACUAGUAGUAAUAGUGGCUGUUCAACUGGAAUAGGUUCCGGAAUCUUUGGUUCGAGUCACAAUCGAAGAAAACCCAGAUUCGCACGGCGAAUUGAAACUCUUACUUCAGAUUCUUCUAAGUCCAAUUAUUUAAAAAGUAAUAACAAUAAGGAAACGCAUUGCCAGCCAAAGAUAUCGACUACCAUUACUACUAAUGGCGAAGAUGAUUUGUUAACAUUCAUUUCCAAGACCACAUCCUCUUCAAGCGAAGUCACUGUGACGACAGCGCAGGAACGUUCCAUAACCAAAAUGUUUAAAUCACGCCUUACAGCGCUUACGGAAGACACCGGUUCAACCGAACGCGAAAUAUUACCAAUAUUAGAUGCUCCGUAUGACUUGAGUAUUCGAACAAAGAUAAAACAAAUAAACCUGGAUCCAAAAAACUCAUCGAACACGCAAACAAACGACUCUAAGGAAAGUUCAAACGAUAAAAAGAAACCCCAUAUAAAGAAGCCAUUGAAUGCGUUUAUGCUGUACAUGAAGGAAAUGCGUGCCAAAGUAGUUGCCGAAUGUACACUGAAAGAAUCAGCUGCUAUUAAUCAGAUUUUGGGGAGACGGUGGCACGAACUUUCCCGCGAAGAACAAAGCAAAUAUUACGAAAAAGCUCGACAAGAGCGACAAUUGCAUAUGGAAUUGUAUCCGGGGUGGAGCGCACGAGAUAACUACGGUUACGUGUCAAAAAAGAAAAAGCGAAAAAAAGACAGAUCGACAACGGAUUCGGGAGGUAAUAAUAUGAAAAAGUGCCGAGCUCGAUUUGGACUGGAUCAGCAGAAUCAAUGGUGCAAGCCCUGCAGACGCAAAAAAAAAUGCAUUCGUUAUAUGGAAGCGUUGCAUGAAAAUGGGCCCACCGAGGAUGGGAGUGGCAUUGAUGAACACGGAAGCCAAUUGAGUGAUGACGACGAUGACUACGACGAUGACAAACUGGGCGGAAGUUGCGGAAGUGCCGACGAAACUAACAAAAUAGUGGACGACGACACAGAGUCGCUAAAUCAAUCGAUGUCAAGCCCAGGAUGUCUCAGCGGAUUAUCCAGUUUACAGAGCCCAGCCACGACCAUGAGUGUGGCCAGCCCACUUCAUAUGAACAACCCUCCAGCAAAUAGUGUUUUAUUUCCUGCCACCUCAAAUGUGCUCUGUGCGGACACCACACAACAACGAUCCACAUCUGUUUCCACGGCAGGAUCCAGUAGUGGAUCGACGAGCAGCAUAAGCACCACCUCAAAUACCUCAAGUGCAGUUUCGCCAGUCACAGGUACGACGGCCCAGGCUUUAAGUUCGGCUCACGAACGAGCCAUGAUGCUGGGAAAUCGGUUUAGCCACUUAGGAAUGGGCCUAAGCCCCCCGGUUAUUAGCACAGGUAUUAAUAAGCCUGAACCAUUUUUCCAGUCGUACACCGCAGUCGGUAACAAUGCUAUUUUUUCAUUGCCAUCGAUUGGUAACACUAAUUUAAACAAUUCCUCAAUGCCAAACACUUCCCGAAACCCCAUUGGUGCUAAUCCACGGGAUGUCAAUAAUCCACUAAGCAUCAAUCAGUUAACAAAGAGACGUGAUUAUCAGAACGUUGAAGUAGUUGAAUCCAGUGACUCUAAAACAGUUGUUGCUCACUCUGCCACGUCCAUAAUUCACCAUGUGGCAGCCCACAAUUACCAUGCAAAUCAGUCCUUUUUAAAUAGCACCUUUAGCCAGCAUUUCCACCAGCAGUUAACUAACCACAUGGAGACCGCUAAAAGAAAUGAGACAACCGUUAUGUCUGUUAACAGCAGUGAAUGCCAUAAAGCAUCUGAUUCACAGGCAAAUGCAUCUAGUAAGACUCCGAGCGCAGGCGCUUCCGAAUCUGGCGUGAUAAGCGUUUCUUAACAGAUCGCAGUGGAUUAUUACCUUCAUUGUUCGUAAUUGUGUGAGAAAAUGAUAAAAAUUAAAUUUUUUAUUUAUAACUUUUUGUGAAUAUAAAUAAAAGUGCAAUAAAAAUUAUUCUCAUCGCCAUCUUCUGAAACAAGAUGCCAUUAAAAUACUAGUGCCAAGA